AUGGACUUCAGCGUUACCCGCCUACCAGUUUUCAUCUACAAUAGUAUCUCUGCUGCUCUUUUUGGCGCACCAGUGGAUAAUUCGGCGAUACAAGACCCAGCUCCCGUUAAACCGCCCGCCAUUUAUCGCCUCUCAGUAGAAACCCUUCACGAGAUUGCGGAACAUGUCGGACAUAACUCCAAGGCGGACCUCGCAUCUCUUGUCCGGGUGGACCAGCGAUUUCAGGCCCUUGGCGAAGGCAUACUGUGGCGCGAGCUCCCUUCCAUUGUGCCCCUGCUUCGUCUUUUGAUGCCGGAGUACUUCUAUCUGAACUACGUAUAUGUGCGGCAGCACAAGCCGCUCCCCGAUGAUAUAUGGGAGCAGCAUCCAAGUCUUCUACGCCUUGCAUCCCAUGUCACGACGCUUCUCAUUCAUCCCAUUUCGAGUCCCACCUUGGAUCACUAUUUUGAUACCUUCUGGCGUCAAGGAACCAUUCUUGUAGACAUGCACACUUUGACAGGGGUCUCCCGCUCGCUGUCUUCCGAUCCGAGCCGUGCCGCCCUCUUCCCGCGCCUGCAGCGACUGGAGGUCAACAGUUUCUCCGGCAUUCCUGCCGAACUUCUUCUUCCAUUGUUAGGCGCCAACCUCAGCUCCUGUGUCGCCUACUGCACCAUCUGGGGGCUUGACGAGUUACUCAGGCGCACGAAGAUCGAUAACUUCAGCCACUGCGAGUUCAUGCUCUCCGACCUACUCGAGGAGAUCCUGAACGACAACGACACUUCUGAUGACGAGGACGACGAUCCCGAGCCUUUCCGCCCGUAUUCUGUGGUGGAACACCGGAGUGUUUUCGACAUGCCCAAUCUUCGGGAUAUCGCCCCCGUCAUCCACUCGUUGCGCGCACUCAAACUACGCCUCAUCUUCGCGAAGGACCUCCCUGCUCUGCUUCAACCUGCAUACGACUCGCUGCGCUCGCUCAACGUGGAGAUCAGCGAGCUCGACGACACGGAGACGGACUAUAACCUUAGGUCACUCCGAUCGUUGACGGUCCGAAAGCAGAAGGCUGCGUUCGCGCGCGCCCUCUCUUUGGAUAUCGCUGGCUCUGACGAUCUCGACACCCUACUUACGAGGAUCCGUCAGGAAUGUCGACCGGCUACACUUCGUCGCGUGCGGAUCGACGAACGUAAGGGCUCCUCUCGGGAUUGGUCCUUCGCCGUCGACCAGCUUACCCCGCUUCGCGCCUUUCCUUGCUUGGUCGAACUGGACAUCAGCGUCAGCAGCGACAUUUCGAUGACCGACGCUGAUUACGCUGCGCUUGCCCCCUCCUGGCCGUCUCUCAGGGUCUUCAAGUUGAAGCAUGCGCGGGAUGCACCGGACACGGCGGUACUCUCUUCCUCGACCACGCUUGCUGCUCUUGUCUCCUUCGCCACCUCCUGCCCCGACCUCGAAGAGCUCGGCAUCCAGCUUCACGUCAACUCGCUCCCGGACCUCGUCCUUCCCGCCCGCCAAAGUCGCAUACACACGCUGGACCUGGGCUUCCGCACCGCGCUCGGCGUCGACGUUCCGCUGGUCGCUGGCUUCCUGCGCUCGUUAUUUCCGGGUCUGCAGAAGCUACACGUAGUGCCGGCGCUGGGGGUCGCGACGAUGUGGAACCGGGUGAGGUAUUCGGUGCUUCCACCGUACUAUGGAGCAAGCGCGCCUUGGCUACCCGCAAGCAACUGA